GAAUUCCAUCCACGGACAAAACAUGUUGACAACCGUUAUCAUUUUGUUCGCAAAAUGGACGAAGACGGACUCAUCGAGGUAUUGUUUGUGAAAUCUGAGAACCAAUUGGCCGAUAUCUUUACCAAGCCCCUCCCAAGGACUUCGUUUGAGAAAAACAGAGAAAAGAUUGGUGUAGGUAAAAAGUAAUAACGUUUUUUUUUCACUAUCUUGCUGUGCAAUUUUUUCUUUCUCGUCUCCGAGUCCUUCUCCUUGUCUAUUUUUUGAUACCGUGUUUGAGGGAAAGUGUAUAAUGGCAAACUCGUUAAUCAUGUCAUAAUCGGUUGUCUUCAUUUUUCCUCACAUAUCCUCUCCAUUCUAAUGUCAUGUUUGAGGGAAAGAUUUUUUAAAAAUCCCUUAUCCCGUUUAUACUACUUCUUGUUUCAUAUGUAUGUGUGUUUGAGGGAAAGUGUAAGAAUAGCAAACUACGCCAUCUAGCAGUCAAGAGGGCAACCUCCUCUCUUGACUGUUUGGUCUACUCUCUUCUUCAUGGUGACUUAUGUCAAAGUGCUCUUAUCUCCACUCUUACUUUAAUCUCUCUCCCGAACAGACUUUGACAACCGAACAAAAAGAUAGUGUUCUAUGGAACAGGUUAAGGUAUCUUCGUAUAACAGCAUCCAACUUGUAUGCUAUUUCUCACUGCAAAACUGUAAAUGGAUCAUUAGUGGACAUAAUGCAUGGCGCAAAAUUGAGAGAGACUGCAGCUAUGUCGAGAGAAACAAGAUUAGAGUCACAAGUGCUUGAAGUUGUGUCACAAAAGCUUAAAAUGUCUUUUCUACGUUGUGGUAUCAUGUCACACCCUAAAUACCCAAUCUUCAGUGCGUCGCUAGAUGCCAUUACUGUUGAUUACACGUUAGAAAUCAAAUGCCCUUCCAACGACAAGUCUUAUUUCCAUUUAAUAGAUAGAUCUGGCAAAAUAACUCAUAAAUGUAAUGCCCAAGUCCAGUUGCAAAUGCACAUGUCCGGUAGAAAAAAAUCCUUUUUUUGUGUUGCCAGUCCUGAAUUCGAAAAAAACAAACAAGUCAAAAUUUUGCCUAUCGAUUAUGAACCAAAGUACAUUACAGCAUUAAUGGUGAAAGCUCUCAAUUUUUGGAAAAGUGCUAUUGGAAAUUUUGUUCUUGAAUAAAAAAAAUGUGAUUUUGGAA